AUGGCAGCCCUGGCAGCUAGAGCAUUGAAGCAGCGCGCAGCUGCUGAAGGCCUUGGCACCCACCAGAAAGCUGUGAAAUACUUGAGCCAGGAUUUUGAAGCAUUGAAGAAACAGUGCUUGGACUCAGGGGUCCUAUUUAAAGACCCAGAAUUCCCUGCGUGUCCAUCAGCCUUGGGCUACAAGGAUCUUGGCCCAGGCUCCCCACAAACUCAAGGCAUCGUCUGGAAGCGACCCACGGAAUUGUGUCCAAACCCUCAGUUUAUCAUUGGUGGAGCCACACGUACAGACAUCCGUCAGGGUGGUCUCGGUGACUGUUGGCUUCUGGCAGCCAUUGCCUCCCUCACCCUGAACGAGAAGCUGCUUUAUCGAGUAGUCCCCAAGGACCAGAGCUUCCAAAAGAACUAUGCAGGCAUCUUUCAUUUCCAGUUCUGGCAGUUUGGAGAGUGGGUGGAGGUGGUCAUUGAUGACAGGUUGCCCACCAAGAAUGGACAGCUGCUCUUCCUCCACUCUGAAGAGGGCAAUGAAUUUUGGAGCGCUCUGCUGGAGAAAGCCUAUGCCAAGCUCAAUGGUUCUUAUGAAGCUCUUGCUGGAGGAUCCACAAUAGAAGGGUUCGAAGAUUUCACAGGUGGCAUCUCUGAAUUUUACGAUCUGAAGAAAGCACCGGGAAAUCUGUACCAUAUCAUCCGCAAGGCCCUUCAUGCAGGAUCUCUGCUCGGCUGCUCCAUCGAUGUCUCCAGUGCAGCGGAAGCAGAAGCUAUCACCAGCCAGAAGCUGGUUAAAAGUCACGCAUACUCUGUCACUGGAAUUGAAGAGGUGGAUUUCCAUGGCCGUCUGGAGAAGCUGAUCAGACUCAGGAACCCAUGGGGCGAAGUGGAGUGGUCGGGAGCCUGGAGUGAUGAUGCCCCUGAGUGGAAUUACAUAGAUCCCAGGAGAAAGGAAGAGCUGGACAAGAAGGCUGAGGAUGGCGAGUUCUGGAUGUCAUUUUCAGACUUCUUGAAGCAAUUCUCUCGCCUGGAGAUCUGCAACCUGUCUCCAGACUCUCUGAGCAGCGAGGAAGCGCACAAAUGGAACCUGGUGCUUUUCAAUGGCCGCUGGACUAGGGGCUCCACUGCUGGGGGCUGCCAGAACUACCCAGCCACAUACUGGACCAAUCCUCAGUUCAAAAUCCAUUUGGAUGAGGUGGAUGAGGACCAAGAAGAGGGCAUCGGUGAACCCCGCUGCACGGUGGUACUUGGUCUGAUGCAGAAGAACCGCAGGCGACAGAAGAGGCUGGGGCAGGGCAUGCUCAGCAUCGGCUAUGCUGUCUAUCAGGUUCCGAAAGAGCUGGAGAGUCACACAGAUGUUCACCUGGGCUGGGACUUCUUCCUGGGCCACCAGCCCUCUACCCGUUCCAGCACCUACAUCAACCUGCGGGAGGUAUCGGGCAGGGCCCAGCUGCCACCUGGGCAGUAUCUGGUGGUGCCAUCUACCUUUGAACCCUUCAAGGAUGGUGACUUCUGCUUGAGGGUCUUCUCGGAGAAGAAGGCAAAGGCCCUGGAAAUUGGAAAUGUUGUAGCUGGAGACCCACAUGAGCCACAUGCCAGUGAGGUGGAUCAAGGAGAUGAGCAGUUCUGGAGCCUGUUUGAGGAGUUGGCAGGGAAGGAGUCUGAAAUUGGUGCCAAUCAGCUCAAGAGAGUUCUGAAUGACGUGUUAUUCAAACGAACAGACAUAAAAUUUGAUGGAUUCAGUAUCAACACUUGCUGGGAAAUGAUCAGUCUGUUGGAUAGCAAUGGGACAGGUACCUUGGGACCUGUGGAAUUCAAGACACUCUGGCUGAAGAUUCAGAAGUAUCUGGAGAUCUAUAAGGAAAUGGAUUACAACCACUUAGGGACCAUCAAUGCCCAUGAGAUGAGGACAGCCCUCAAGAUGUCAGGUUUCACCCUCAACAACGAGGUACAGCAGACCAUUGCCAUGCGCUAUGCAUGCAGCAAGCUCCUCAUCGACUUUGAUGGCUUCAUUGCUUGCAUGAUCCGUCUGGAGACCCUCUUCAAACUGUUCAAGCUUUUGGACAAAGACCAGGAUGGCAUUGUUCAGCUCUCUCUAGCUGAGUGGCUGUGCUGCGUGUUGGUCUGACCAGUGUUUUGGACAUCAACAACAUUCUCCACCACCUCGCUUGACUCUUUCCCCCCUUUCUUUAUAGUCUUAUGAGCAAUGAUCCUCAAUUGGCAACGACUAGUUAUUCAUAUGGUUCCAGCCUAUCAGUGUUCCCAGAGA